CACAAAUGGCAAUUCACCGCCACCCCACUUCUCAAAAUAAGAAAAAAUAUUGAAUAUUUUAAAAUUGGGGGUACCUUAAAAUCAGAACCCUAACCCUAAUUUCCUCAAAUUUGCCCCGAUCCCAAAUUCCGUUCAGACGAAACCCAGAAAAUAUCCAAUUUCAGAUCAAAAUCAACAGUUAUGGAAGAUCAUCGAAUCAGCAAAGACGACAUUAGCAACAACAACAACAACGUUAAUCCGAGGCAAUUACAGCUAUUCGUUAAACUUGUAAAUGGCCAAACGUUAUCGCUUCAAUUCUCCUCCCCACAAGUCCAAGUCGGUUCCGUCAAGCGUCAAAUUCAGGAAAUCACGAAAAUCCCAAUCAAUUUCCAGCGCCUGAUCCGCGGCCAUCAGCUCAAGGACGAUUCUGUAAUUUUUCACCCCAAUGCCACCCUCAACCUCUCUUUCAGCCUUCCCGGUGGCAAAGGAGGUUUCGGAUCGCUGCUACGUGGCGCAGCCACAAAGGCCGGGCAGAAAAAGACGAGCAAUUUCGAGGCUUGCCGUGAUAUGAGCGGAAGGAGGCUGAGGCACGUGAAUGCGGAGAAGAGGCUGGAGGAGUGGAAGGCGGAGGAGGAAGAGAGGAAAUUGGAGAAGAUGGCGGAGGAUUUUAUAAAGAAAAAGGCGAAAAAUGGGAAAAAAGGGGUUGGAGAUGGAGAAGCCGAGAAGUAUGUGGCGAAGUACAGGGAGCAAUCAGCAAGGUGUGUGGCGGUGGUUGAAGAAUCCGUUAAGGCGGCGUGCCUGGGAAAGAGGAAGGCGGUUCCAGGCGGAGCUGACCCUAAAAUGUUAAAGAUUUGGAUGGGAAAGAGGAAAUUAAAUGAGAGUGAUAGUGAUAAUAGCAGUGAUGAUGAAGAGAGUGAAGAUGAUGAGGAAGAUGAAAAAUCUGUAGUUUUGAACAAUGGGAAUAAUUCAGAUUCUAGUAAGGGAACUGAGGGGAGUUCCGGUUUGGUUUCUAGGAGAAGACAUGAUGGGGAAUUCUCAGGUGGAGUAUCGAGUGAGAGUGGUUCCGAGGAAGAGAAAGACAUUGUUCCACUGCAAAGCUCGAAAUCCAGUGGGGAAGAUGUGCUUGAUGUAGAAAAUGAUAAGGUUGAAGUUGAAACAAUUCAACCCGAGAUACUGGAAAAUAAUGGAACUAAAACCGAAGAUCAGAAGGAAAUAGUUAGUCAGGGUGCCGAUGUUCCAGUUCAAGAAAAUGAAGGAGUUGGGAACAAACUGAUAGAUAGAGUCGAUGGUUGUUCUGAUGUGAAAUCAGAAUUUCAUGGAGAAACAGUAGUUUCAAACACUAACGUGGCCAUACCUGAAAAGCCGCUGAACUUCGAUGACUUCAAUUCGCCGCAAGAGAUGGAGGUUCUUGGGUUGGAGAGGUUGAAAUCAGAACUGCAGGCUCGUGGUCUAAAGUGCGGCGGUACUUUGCAAGAACGAGCUGCUCGGCUUUUCCUGCUAAAGUCUAUCCCUUUGGAUAAGCUUCCAAAGAAGCUGCUUGCAAAGAAAUGAAAACCAAUGUUGGUUGGUAUGUGGAGUAGCACCCUCUGCCGUUGGAGAUUUCCGGCACACAGGGCACGUAGAGUUCAUUCGUAGCCAUUCAUCGAUACAUUCUGCAUGGAAGCAGUGUUUGCAUUCUGGUAUGCACCUGAUAGUGUCUUUGCUAAGGUAUUCAGAUAAGCAUAUAGGGCAAGUGCUGUCGUUGGGGCCGGGUAUUCUCCGGCUCUCACCGAGCACCAGCUUUUCAUAUGAUUCGAUUGUGGAUUCAUCCAGCCCUGUUACGACAACCGCAGGUUGCGGCAGCACUGCCGCAGGUCUGUUGUUCCGUUGCAUGGGGCUUUCCCCAGCAUGAUUGCGACUGCUGAAGCAGCAUGCGAAGAGGGCGAUCCCGGUUGCGCACGCAAGUGCCGGUACAGCAAUUGACAAGCAGAUGAUCCCGAAAACUCUAAGACCAUUGCCUGUUUGGCCUGGAAUAUGAUACCAAAAGGAAAAUUUGACAUUGUAUUAGAUCAAAUGCUAAUUGGAAGAUGGAAAUACAAGAUUAACAUUUGGCUAACUUUAUUAUUGCGGAUCUUUUAAUAAUUGGAUUAAUGGUUGAAUAACUAAAAAUUUUAUAAAGAUUAUAAAAUUGGUUCAAUCAUUGAAUUUUUUUUUU